AUGGAAGCUCCCUAUGUUAUUGUGGUUCAAGGUCCACGAAACUCAGGGAAAACCACCGUCAUAAAAUCGCUUGUAAGGCACUACACACGUCAAAAACUCACCGAUGUUCGCGGUCCAAUAACUCUCAGAGCAAAUCGGUCAUUACGUUUAUGUUUCUAUGAAUGCCCUACCGAGAUGUCAGCUAUGAUUGACCUUGCCAAAAUCGCUGACCUUGCCUUGAUUGUUAUUGACGCCAGCGUUGGCUUUGAGCUCGAAACAUUCGAGUUUAUCUCGAUUUUACAAAACCAUGGGAUGCCCUGUGUAAUGGGGAUUCUCACACAUCUUGACCAGUUUAAAGAAGCCAGCACGCUCCGAAAAAUAAAAAAAGUCAUGAAAAAGCGGUUCUGGGCUGAAGUUUAUAAUGGAGCCAAGCUGUUUUAUUUGUCAGGGCUGAAAAAUGACCUGUAUACGGACAGAGAAAUACACAAUUUCACUAGGUUUAUUUCGGUGCUGAAAUGGAAAGAAAUGACUUGGAGACAGGAACAUUCGUAUAUUUUGGCUGAUAGAUUUGAAAUGAAGAGGGAUACAGGGGAAUCGGCGUUUUAUGGGUAUAUAAGAGGAUGCCCUAGUAAUGAAAAUAAUUUUUUUAUAUUGUGAGUCAAUAAAUCCUAUAGAAAAACAGAAAAAAGUUAUAUAUAAAAAUAGGGCAUUGCAAGUAAAGAGUAAAAUAAUGCUAACCCCCUCCCUCUUCAUGAGUGAACAAAACAGAUUUGUUCGAUCAUAGAAAAUGUUAGUUCUAUUUUUUAAAAAAAUCCCACUUCUAAAUAAUUUUGAAAAUAUAAAUUUAUUUGUAAAAUAUUGUUUUAAAGUGCAGGCUUUUUAAAUUCAACAGAAUUAGUAAGAGAUUUCAUUAUAAUAAUUAUCACUUAUAUAUCAAAAUAUUUUUUCAUAAAAAAUUUCUAAUUUAAAAUGAUUCUUUGCUCGACAGAGGGGAGAGUAAGGUGCUAUUAAUAAAAUAGAGUUUAUCCCUGGAUAUGGAGAAUUCGAAAUGACCAAUAUUUCAGAAAUCCAAGACCCUGUGCCUCAAAUAGAAGCUCAAAAAAAGAAAAAAACACAUAGAACCCUUAAACAAAAAGAGAGAGCUUUAUAUGCUCCAUCUUCCAAUAUUGGAAUGCUUAAAUAUGACAAUAACACUGGCUAUAUAAACUUGCCAGACCAAUAUGUCAUGUUUACAAAGCAUCAAGGCGAAAAUAUUGAAGAAUUCACCCCAGGGCAAAAAAUGGUCAGAGAGCUGCAAGAAGCCGACAGGACUCUUGAAGACAAGCUAGCCCAAAGAGAAGAUUUAGCACUCGUUGACGAUAUACAAGUAAGAGCAGAAUCAAGCGAAAGCGAAAUUGAAGAAGAAAACCACUUAAAAGAGCUUGCAGAAGAAAUUAAGACAAAAUUGCCCAAAAAAGAAGUCCAGGAGUAUACAAUUAAUGAUACAGUCGUCACUGAUUUGACCACUUUGGUGUAUGGAAAGAAAAGUCAGGGUGCUAAAAAAGUGAUGGAAAAGGACACCCUAGAUAGCUUUAAAGAAAGAUAUAAGCCAAGAUUUGACAGCUUGGAUAACUAUAUUAAAGCGGUUAAAAAUAGAUUUAUGGCUGGGAGUGAUUAUAAAGAAGAAAUAGAAAAAGAAGCUGAGGAUGAUAUGAGAAAAAAAAAAUUAUUUUUAUUUAAAAUUUUUAAAACAAUAUUUUUUUUAUUUUAUAAAUAUUCUGAUAUGGAUGGCGAAGAUAUUGAAAAAGAAAUCGAAGACGCCCCAAAAAGUGAAAAAAAUGGUAUUCCGAAAGGGACUUAUGUGAAAAUUGAAAUCAAAGGUAUGAGUGAAGAACUUUUCGAAAAAAUUGUGCCUGAAUGCCCAAUUUUACUAUGUGGGCUAAAACCUCUUGAAAAUUCUUUAGGCUACGUCCGAGCCAGAUUUAAAAAGCACCGCUGGGCUAAAAAAAUUUUGAAAAAUAAUGACCCAUUAGUAAUAUCAAUGGGCUGGAGAAGAUUUCAGACUAUACCUAUAUUUUGUACAGAAGAUUCUGGCACAGACAGGCUUAGAAUGGUAAAAUACACUCCAAAAUUCGGGUUUUGCAUGAUGGUUUUUUAUGGACCUUUAUCCGCAGUAAAUACCCCUAUCAUGGCAAUCCAAGAUCUAGAAGGCAAAGACUUCAGGAUUUCAGGCUCAGGGAUUAUUUUAGAGUUAAACAGUCAAUUUUCAAUCAUGAAAAAGCUUAAAUUGAUAGGCGAGCCUUAUAAAGUGUUUAAAAAUACCGCCUUUGUCAAAGGAAUGUUUAAUUCACAGCUAGAAGUCACCCGAUUUGAAGGCGCAAAAAUAAAAACUGUCUCAGGGAUCAGAGGAAUGAUUAAAAAAUCUUCAAGAGAUGGAAUUGGGCCUCCAGGGACAUAUAGAGCUACUUUUGAAGACAAAAUUUUGAUGAGCGAUAUCAUAUUUUUAAGGACUUAUUAUGAAAUAAAGCCUGAAAAGUUUUAUAAUCCAAUUAUUAUACUAUAAAAUAAUACUUAAGGUAUUUUUUCAUAUCAAAAUUUUAUUAUAAAAUUCAUUAAAAAUAAAUAUAAUUACGCAAAACAAAGACUACUCAAAACCACAAGCCAAAUUAGAACAGAAAGAGGCAUUGUGGCACCAGAUAAUGAAGAUUCCCAUUAUAACCCUGUCAUAAGAGAAAAAAAAGAAUUCACUCCUUUCAAGGUUCCUAAGAAACUAGAAGAAGAGCUUCCAUUUAAAUCCAAACAAAAAUUAACACAGCCAAAACAAAGAGAUGAAACAGACGUCAAAAUUAUGCUGAAUGACAGAGAAAAGAAAAUCGCAUUUUUCUUGCAAAGGCUUGGAACAGUCAAAAAUAUGAGGGUCAAGCAUGAAAAAGAGAAAAAAGAAAAAUAUGAUGAAGAAAUUGCCAAAAAACAGAAAAAAGAAGACGACGCGAAGAGAGAAGCACUUUCCAGGAAGAUUAAAGAAAGGAAAAUGAAGAAAAAUUUUCAUAAAUAA